AUGUUACUUGACCUUCUUAUCACAAUCAGGCCACUGCAGAGAGCAUCCAACUCCAGGGCAGAUCACUCCUGGGCAACAAGUGUGGAGAGAAGGCAGAGCUCUCUGCUCCUGGAGAGAGCCUCCUUAGAGAUGGAGAAGCCGGACACAAACGCCUCAAAGGAUCAAGAUCACUGCCAGUUAUCAGAGAAGUACAAGCAAAUCUACCUCCCCCUAACCUACAGUCUCAUCUUCAUCCUCGGGCUCCCCCUGAAUGGCAUCGUCUUGUGGCUCUGCUGGCGCCAAACCAAGCCGUGGAGCGGUGCCACUAUCUAUCUGGUGAACCUGGUGGUGACCGACCUGCUUUACGUGCUGACACUGCCUUUCCUCCUCGUCACCUACGUCCUGGGUGACAGCUGGCCCUUUGGGGAGCUGUCCUGCAGACUGGUGCGCUUCCUCUUCUACACUAACCUCUAUGGUGGCAUCCUGCUGCUGGCCUGCAUCUCUGUGGACCGCUUCCUAGGUGUGUGCCACCCACUGCGUUCACUGCCCUACCGGACUCGCUGGCAUGCCCAGCUGGGGGCCACCACCACGUGGGCCCUGGUGCUCCUCCAACUGCUGCCCACACUGGCUUUCUCCCACACAGACUACAUCAAUGGCAAAGUGAUCUGCUACGACAUGACCAGCCCAGGGAAAUUCGACCAGUAUUACGCCUAUAGCAUGGUUGUGAUGCUGUCUGGCUUUCUUUCCUUCCUUGGUCAUCUUGACAUGCCACUUCCUGAUGAUCAGAAGCCUCACCAAGCCACAAGAGACCCUCACAAGGACAGGCAAAGUGGCCCGGGCCAAGUCCAUCCGGACCAUCCUGCUGGUGUGUGGCCUCUUUGUCAUAUCUUUUUUGCCUUUCCAUAUCACCCGCUCCUUCUACCUCAUGGUCCACUUCCUGAGCUCACAAGACUGCCAGCUCUUGACGGCAGCCAGCAUAGCCCACAAGAUCUGGAGGCCUCUGGUGAGCAUGAACAGCUGCCUCAACCCCAUUCUGUACUUUCGUCGGGUGUGAACAAUGGAGUCAGGCUUCUCAAGAAACUGAGGCAGAACAAGGUGGAUGAGCACCCAGCUGGACCCCAGGAAGGCUGCCCAGGGCUUUGGAGAUCUGGGUACUGCCAAGGUGAGGUCUGGGAAAAUGAGGUCCAUGGCUGAGCAGGACUUGUCUGAACAAGGACUAGCGUGAGGGAGUGGGAAGGGACUUUAGACUUCACAGAAAGGGUCCUGCUGAAAAGGAUUUUACACUGAUGUUAAGAAAUUGUAACAUAUGGAUAUGGAGGGGCUACCAACACUGAGAACUGAUCUUUUUCUCAUCACUCGGGUCUCAGCUCACAUGUCACCUCCUCAGCAACUCCUGCUGCCCAUCCUAGCUAAUGCUACCUCUUCUCCCAUGAGCCAGU